AUGGCUGGUCAAAGUGAAACCCUAGAUAAUUCUAUAGAGAUGGAUGAGUCUUUGAUUGGGGUACUGGGUUGUGAUUUGGGGGCAAGUGAAGGUGAAUUGAAUGAUGGUUUGGGUUUUGGUGGAUCAAUUAAGGAGGGUAAAGAUUUGAAUCCUGUUAUUGAAGGAGUUUUAGGGUUUGAGGGUUCUCAAGAUAUUGAGAGUGAGAUGAUUGAGUUGGGUGGAAAUGAAGCAGCUUUGAAAACAUUGGAUGAGAAGGAGAAAGAAGUGAUGAUGAGUGAUGCUGUUGAGGUUGAGUUAGAUGAAGGGAAAGUUGGAAUUUCUGACAAGAUUGAUAAUUUGCAUGAAGAGCAAGAAUUUAGUGAUGCUGAUGAGGUAAAAGUCGUAAAGCAUGUCUCUGUGAAGAAUUCGGGAAAAAGUUAUCAGGCGAGGUAUCAGCUGCCAGCAGAAAAAGAAGGGAAGUUUUCUAUGAAUGAUUUGGUUUGGGGGAAGGUGAGGAGUCACCCGUGGUGGCCGGGACAAAUAUUUGAUCCGUUGGAUUCAUCUGCAGAGGCAAUGAAGCAUUUUAAAAAGAAUAGCUAUUUGGUAGCGUAUUAUGGGGAUGGAACAUAUGCCUGGAAUGAAGCAUCUAAGCUGAAGUCGUUUAGGUCACAUUUCUCUAAUAUUGAGAAGAAUAAAAAUUCGGAAGUAUUCCAGAGUGCUUUAGAUUUUGCUUUGGAUGAAGUCAAAAGACGAGUGGAGUUUGGGCUGGCAUGUUCUUGCAUACCGAAAGAUACUUAUGAGAAGAUUAAACACCAGACUAUUGAAAACUCUGGGAUUCAACAAGAGCCGAGUUUCAUAAACAGAGUUGAUGAAUCUUUAAGUGUUAGCUCCUUUUUACCGGAGAAUCUUAUGAAAUACUUGAAAGAUCUAUCCAAGUUUCCAACUGGAGGCUUUGACCGAUUGGAGCUUUUAAUAGCUAAGGCUCAGUUACUUGCUUUCUAUCGUUUAAAGGGUUACUCUUGCUUGCCUGAAUUCCAAUAUUUCAGAGGUUUGGACAACGAAAUCAACCCCUCAAUUAACGAUACUGAUAAUAGAUUGAGUGAGGUUUAUGAGCAUACAAUUCAUGUGAGUAAAAUUGGCGAUCAAACUGGUACCGGAAAUUCAAAAACCACAAAUCGAUCCCGCCGCAAGCAUAAAAAUAAUCUAAAGGAUGAUGUCUAUCCAGCAAAAAAGAAAAGCUUGUUAGAACGAGCAAGUGUGACUCCAGAUUCUACCCAUGGUGAUUAUCUGAAUGACGAGGCCAAUGCUAAUGUAACUUACCCGGUCUUUUCCAAGAAACGGAAGACUAUUAAUCACCACACUGAUGUCUCGGGAAUGAAAGGCAGAAGAAAAACUAUUUCCCUUGUAAAAAGUUCAAACACCACAGUACAAUCAUUUAAAAUCGGUGAAUGUAUCCGUAGGGUUGCUAGCCAACUUACUAGGCCUCCAUCUUUAUUGAAAUGUUCUGGGAACAGAUCUCAGAUGACAGAUGGAAAUGCAGAUAGUUUUUCAGGAAAUGAAUCUGAUUCCUUCUCUCCGAGUCUCGAGGAGACUCAGAAGUCAAGCUUGACUAUUCCUACAGAGGUUUCAUCUCUAGAUGAUUUGCUAUCUUUACUUCAGCGUGUAGCACAAGAACCACAGGGGGAUUAUCGUUUAUUGAAUGUUAUAGUGAGUUUCUUCUCUGAUUUUAGGAAUUCAAUCGCAAUGGCCGACGAUUCCAAGAAAGAAAUCUUACCUACAGAUGAAGUUGGCACUAUAAGGAGGAAACAACCUGUAGGUGGAUCUCCGAAAACAUUUGACAGUGAUGAUCUGAAUGACACACAUUGCAUCCAGAAUGGUUCUGAAGAACAACAAUCACAGAGAAGCAGCAGACUUGACCAUCCAGAAAAACCUGUUCAUGUGUAUGCCCGUAGGUCAUAUUCCAAGAAACAAUGUUUUGAUAGCAACCAUGCUGAGAUUCGUGAAAAACCUUCUGGUUAUAUAGAUGAGAAAUCCCCAGCUGAACUUGUUUUGACCUUUAACGAGUUGGAUUCUGUUCUCUCAGAAACAAGCCUAAAUAAUAUUUUUAAGCAAUUUGGACCUCUAAAGGAAUCUGAAACACAAAUUGAUAGAGGAAGUAGCCGGGCAAGAGUGGUUUUCAAGAAAUGUGCCGAUGCGGAGGUUGCUUUCAGUAGCGCUGAAAAGUUCAACAUAUUUGGACAAAGUCAUGUAGAUUACCGGCUUAACUACUCACCAAGUGCAUUUUUGAAAACUGCAUCUUUUUCCACAAUGCCUGAUGAGGAAAUGUAUCUUAAUCUUUCCAAUGUUGAGCUUAAUAUGGCCUGA